UAUAAUUUUGGUAGCAGUGGCUGUCAUCUGUCAAAAAUUGUUUCGCGCUCCUAAUCAGCUGAUUAUUCUUACUAUCAAUAUUAUCAAUUUUAUAUAAAUGCUAAAAUAAUGUCAUCGGCACAUUUGUCAAGUGGCAGAUGGAAUGUGGGUUUAAUACAGGAGGAAGCAAGAAAACAAUUAUUGUGCUUACUUGAAAGAUGCGAAGGAACAAAGGCAAUUGUAUGGGACAAAUCACUCGCUGGACCAAUUGGUCUUGUAGCAAAAUACAGUUUACUACAAGAGCACGAUGUUAUUAAAAUGUAUCCACUUGGUGGUGGACCACUUCCGCAAAUAAAUGUUGCAAAUAUUAUUUUUAUCACAAGACCACAACUCGAUCUAAUGGAUUUAAUUGCCGAAAUUGUUCACGGUGAGGAGGGCAAUAAACCACGAAAGGAAUUUCACAUAUUUUUCGUACCACGGCAAAGUUUAUUGUGUAAACAAAAAUUAAAAAAUCGUGGUGUCUAUGGAAGUUUUACAUUAAUUGAAGAAUUUGCUUGCGAUUUAUUUCCCUUUGACAAUGAUCUUGUUUCAAUGGAAUUAAAUAAUGCAUUUCGGGAAUUUUUCAUCGAAAACGAUCCCACAUGUCUCUAUCAGGUGGCGCGUGCAAUUCAAAGUUUACAAAAAAUUUAUGGCAAAAUUCCUAAAGUCACAGGACGUGGUCCAGCGGCAAAUAAAGUUUGGGAACUAUUACAACGACUCAAUCGUGAAGAAGAGGAUAUUAAACAAAAUAAUAGUCAAUCAUCGAUUAUUGAACAUUUGCUAAUUUUCGAUCGUUCCACAGAUUUAUUGACACCAUUAGUUACACAAUUAACAUACGAGGGUCUUAUUGAUGAAAUAUUUGGAAUUAGUAACACGACUGUUCAAUUGCCGGCGGAAAAAUUUCACGAUUCCGACGAGUCACCAACUGUAAUGUCACUUGAUAAAAAGGAACAAAUUAUCUUAAAUUCAGGGGAAGAAAUUUUCGCCGAAAUCAGGGAUAAAAAUUUCAACGGCGUUGGACCAGUUUUGAGUCGUAAAGCAAAAGUAAUAUCAUCACAAUUUGACGAGAGACACGGGGAUAAAAGUGUACAGGAAAUAAAGCAAUUUGUCGCCAGAUUGCCACACAUGUUAGCCACGAAACAAUCACUAGCAAAACAUACAACAAUUGCUGAAAUGAUUAAAGAAGUAACUGAUUCGAGUUCAUUUCUCGAAUCAUUGCAAAUUGAACAGGAAUUAUUGAAUUGUAUCGACACGGAUAAACCAAAUUCAUUUAUUGAAGAUAUGAUUGCCCAAAAGGAGCCAAUUUUGAAAGUAUUGCGUCUAUUGUGUAUUCAAUCGCUCACAAAUUCGGGAUUAAAAUCAAAACUACUUGAUUAUUAUAAACGUGAAAUUAUUCAAACCUAUGGCUAUCAACAUCUUCCAACAUUGUUAAAUUUGGAAAAAGCGGGAUUAUUAAAAGUUCAACAAUCGUUUCGACAAUAUUCUGUACUCAGGAAGGCAUUAAAAUUAACAGUUGAGGAUGAGAGUGAAAUUACGCCAAAGGACAUUAGUUAUGUGCAUUCAAUUUAUGCACCAUUAAGUAUAAGACUCGCGGAACAAUUGGUACAAGGUGGUUGGGAGGGAAUAACAGAUAUUUUGGGAUUGUUGCCGGGACCCGCUUGCGGUAGUGGUUCAUCGAAUUUAAAUCCAAUUAUCAAGACUGAACGAAGAAAUUCAUUAACUAGCGAAAAUUCAAAUUCCGAACCGCCUAAACUUGUACUCGUAUUUUUUAUUGGAGGCUGUACAUAUGCGGAAAUUUCCGCUUUACGUUUUCUCUCCCAACAGGAAGAGUUAAAUGUGGAAUUUGUAGUUGGAACGACAAAAUUAAUAAAUGGAAACACAUUCCUUACAUCCUUAAUCGAAGAUCUUCAAGUGAACUAAAUUUUUUGUUAUGUAUAUAUUCGAAUUUUAAUUGUUAUUUAAUUUAAAAUAAAAUUUUACAAAAAAAAUAUACUCAUUUUUUUGCAAAA